CUUUCCUCCCGAAGUGGAAGCACUUGCGAAGUGUCAUUACCUCAUUUGUCAAAGCGGUGUCUACCUCCGGACUUUUGUGCGAUUUCCGUCAGCAUUUGACUAGUUAAAAGGCAAACAAAUAUUCAAAUCGAACAAAAUGCUUGCCAGACAAAUUAUCCUUCGUUCUCUAGCCGCUAGGAAUGCUGGUGCUCUCUCAAGAGCUUACCACGGAGGACACCACAAGGUAGCCACAAUGAACGAUUUGCCCGUCCCCCAAGGUGACUGGCAGGAGGCUUACCAAAAGAAACAAGCCAAGUACAACGCCGUGCUGGUUGCUGGCAUCGCCAUGCUAGCCACCGCUAUUGGAUUGGCAAAAUCAACCGGCCUCAUCCAACUUAACUUCAGUCCACCAAAAUCCCUGGAUUAAAUUUGUGUUAUUCGAAAAUUGUACUAAAAUAAAGUAGAACCUAAUAAAUAUCUAAUAAGCGUGUUUC